CUGUUUAAGUUGCGAUGAAGUAUCCGCAACCGGAUAUUUAGCGCCUUGUGACACCUGAGGGGAUGUUUCUGGACUCUUUCGGACACUCUUGGUAGAAUCUAAAAGGCCGGAUGCUGCCCGCGGCGACAACGGUUCAGGAGAUAGGGCGCCUUGCGUCGCUGGAGGAGAUGUUCCAGGUCUCUCUCGGGGACUCUUGGUUGGAUCUAAAAAGCCAGAUGCUGCCCGCGGCGACAACGGUUCAGGAGAUAGGGCACCUUGCGUCGCUGGAGGAGAUGUUCCAGGUCUCUCUCGGGGACUCUUGGUUGGAUCUAAAAAGCCAGAUGCUGCCCGCGGCGACAACGGUUCAGGAGAUAGGGCGCCUUGCGUCGCUGGAGGAGAUGUUCCAGGCCUCUCUCGGGGACUCUUGGUUGGAUCCAAAAAGCCAGAUGCUGCCCGCGGCGACAACGGUUCAGGAGAUAGGGCGCCUUGCGUCGCUGGAGGAGAUGUUCCAGGUCUCUCUCGGGGACUCUUGGUUGGAUCUAAAAAGCCAGAUGCUGCUCGCGGCGACAACGGUUCAGGAGAUAGGGCGCCUUGCGUCGCUGGAGGAGAUGUUCCAGGUCUCUCUCGGGGACUCUUGGUUGGAUCUAAAAAGCCAGAUGCUGCCCGCGGCGACAUUGGUUCAGGAGAUAGGGCGCCUUGCGUCGCCGGAGGAGAUGUUCCAGGUCUCUCUCGGGGACUCUUGGUUGGAUCUAAAAAGCCAGAUGCUGCCCGCGGCGACCACGGUGCAGGAGAUAGGGCUCCUUGCGACGACGCUGAAGGAGAUGUUCCAAGGCUUUCUCGGGUACUCUUGGUUGGAUCUAAAAAGCCAGCUGCUGCCCGCGGCGACCACGAUUCAAGUGCAGAAGCACCAGCGAGUGCGGAUGGUAUGCUCAGUGGAGAGCACGGGCGACUUCCAGAUACCUGAGAUGACUCCAUAUGAGCGACGGUAG